AGAGGAGGAACAAAGUUUGUGGCAAAGUCUGGAAAGGAUCACAAAGCUUUUGCAGACAAAAGCUGAUUUAAAAAAAAAGAAAAAGUAUAUGUCCUGCUACAUUUCGCACAAAAUCAACAAAUUAGAAAAAAAAUGUGACCUAAAUAAAAGGAUUCUGUAAAAAUUAAUGAGGCAAAUUUCCUCCACAGCAAUGAAAAGACAGCAAUUGCCACUGCAAACAAUUGCAGGCAGGGGUUUUCGUUACGAGUGGUACAUGCAGCUUUUAGGUCUUAAUGGCAGUACUUCUACACAGAUGGAAAACAUCCGAUUUUCUCCCAACAAAUGAAUCAAUCAGUUGAAAAUGCAUUUGCAUUUAACUAGGUUAUUUCUGUCCGCUGUCCGAAACAUCUAAGUGUAAAAAGCAGAAACCGAAGAAAGGGGCAAAUACGAAGGUUAGUCUAACCCCUUCUUGCGGAGUAACAGGGACAGUAAGACAACACCAUGGGUAAUGUAGCUUCUGUUUGCAAAUAUUGUGCAUUUAUAAUGACAGAAGACCUUAGGUUGACAUUUGUCACUAAAGCACUUUUACCGAUGCUCCUUGCUGACAGAGUACGCCCGGAGUCAUGCCAAACAAAAACACAGCGCGCAAGCAGAAGCAGAAUAAAUGUGUUGUCUGCCGUAACCUCUGCUGAGUAUUGCAAGUCAGUAACAAUAACACCUAUUUUCUGAAAUCCAAAUUCUAAUAUACAUAUUGGAAUACCUUUUCUUCUCUAAAAUAUUCAAUUUGGCUGUUUUUACGCACAGCCCGUAUGCGCGGCGCAUCCAGUCACAGGACCUGCAAGCUGUCUUGCAUACAACAAUUAACACGCUUUUGUUUAUUUUUAAAAGCAAAUGUCGCUAUGCCCUUUAGAUGCAGAAUAAAAGAGCUUUACAGUCAUUUCCAAACAUGAGACAGUCUUCUCUCUCCAUUCGACCAAUCGUGGCGCAGCAGCGGAGGGACACACCUGUAUAAAAGCGGACUCCAGGUCAGCUGUCAUUCUGAGGGAAGAGAGGAAGAUGACAGGUCGCUGAGGAAGAGCACUGACUCUUUUUGUGGGAAUGUGCUGCGGGGCGUCUGUUGUGCGUUUUUAAAGAUGGAUGAAAUAUUUAACCAGAGCGCAUCACUGAACCAAAGUUCCCUUGGAGAUGACAAGUUCACUUUCGAGGACAUCGACGUUAGCGCGGACGGUUCUCCCAUCCUGAGGAUAUUCAUAUCGGUGGUGUACUCUGUGGUGUGCGCCGUGGGCUUGGUGGGAAACCUCCUUGUGUUUUUCCUCAUGAGGGUGCGACAGGGUCGAAAAAGAUCCACUAUAAAUGUUUUCAUCACCAACUUGGCCGUGACGGACUUCCAGUUCGUGCUCACCCUGCCCUUCUGGGCCGUGGACACGGCUCUGGACUUCAGCUGGCCGUUUGGAGACGCGAUGUGCAAGAUCAUUCUGUCGGUCACCGUCAUGAACAUGUACGCCAGCGUCUUCUUCCUCACCGCCAUGAGCGUGACCCGCUACCUGUCUGUGGCUACAGCCCUGAAGAAAAGGUCCUAUAGAAGAUCGCGGUGCGUGAAGUGGGUGUGCGCGGUGCUGUGGAUGGCAGCCACCUUGGCCACGGCACCCACGGCUAUCUUCUCCACCGUGACCGUGGUCGCCGGAGAAAAGCUCUGCCUCCUCAGGUUUCCAGAGGGGCACGACUGGCUCGCUCUUUACCACAUCCAGAAAAUAUUAAUAGCCUUCAUAAUCCCGAUGUUCAUCGUCUGUGUCAAUUAUCUGAUGCUCCUGCGCUUUGUGAGACAGAGAAGCAUGGGCACCAGCAACCCUAAGCGGAGAUCCAGAGUCACCAAAUCUGUCGCUAUUGUGGUGCUGUCCUUCUUCUGCUGCUGGAUGCCAAAUCACGCCAUCACCUUCUGGGGCGUCUUGGUCAAAUUUAACGCAGCCAACUGGGACACGUCAUACUACACUGUGCACACAUACGUGUUCCCGGUCACUGUGUGUUUGGCGCACACAAACAGCUGCUUGAACCCGAUCCUUUACUGCCUGAUGCGGCCAGAGAUUAGGAAGAUGCUGAGCGGCUUGUUUUGGAGAGUCUCCAGUCCCAGUCAGAGCAAGGCAUGCACGACGCGCUCCGUUACGCACGGAGAAAUCCAAGGAGUGGUGCCUCUCCAGAUCAUAGACAACACAGAAUACACGCUGUCCAUCAUAGACCGUAAGGGCUCAUCAAGUUCCAAGUCGAUCCCAUUCCCCCACUGAAUACAGCGUAGGAGGGGGGGGGGGGGG